UCGGUCACUGCGCAGGUGCUUUAAAACAUGGCGGGGAAAGCUUGACAGACUCGGUGUACAGUAGAACUGUGCCGACCAAAUGUAAUGUUUUAUCGCUAAACACUUUAGGCCAAUGAUGAUAGUCGCUUUUGGACUUUUUUAGCUAACCUCUCCGUUGCUCUCACUAACGGAAGUUAUUUAUUCGUGAUGCAAAAAACUGAGGAAGCUGAAGGCGCUCAACAGUCGCUGGUUUUCUUUGACCUGGAGACGACUGGACUGGAUCCAAAUUGUGAGAUCGUCCAGCUGGCUGCGGUGAGUGGAGGCCACUCGCUGAACCUCUACGUCGUCCCUCGCUGUCGAAUGCAGCGAGGAGCUUCCAAGGUGACUGGCUUCAAGGUUCACAGGCAGAGGCUGUACCUGCACCAGCAGCCUGUUCUCACCAACUCCCUCAGAGAGGUGCUUGUCUCCUUUAUAGCUUUCCUUCAGAUGCUCGGCCGCCCUCUCGUCGUCGGCCACAACAUUCGCCGCUUUGAUUGUGUGCUUCUGGCUCGCGCGCUAGAUGAAUUUAGUCUCAGAGCAGAGUUUGAGUCUUUGGUCUCAGGUUACGUUGACACUCUGCCGCUGUCACGUGAGGUGCUGAAGGACUAUGGGCUGGAGAGUUUUCGACAGGAGAACUUGGUCAGGGAGCUGCUGGGCGUGAGCUACAAGGCCCAUGAUGCUCUGGAGGACGUGCGGGCUUUACAGGCACUGUAUGAUGUUCUUCGGCCCAAGCCGGAAGUGAUCUGCAGGCACAGAUUUACUCUGGACACCAUGGACGACAAAACACCUGUCACAGUUGCCAAAGUGCACUGCAGACUACCAGGACAGCGCCCCCUGUGGGAGCACUUCAAACAGACCGUGACGGUUACGGAGGAUCAUAACAGAACCUGAUACAAUUUUAAUUCAUUAUCUGAGACUUAAGAAAUUAAUAUUAAAAGAAAAUAAGUAAACAUAACGAAAGCCUGUACACUGGAUAUAAGGAAAUAAAGCUUUAUUGCACUUUUCUACAACACAACAUAAGUGGUCGAGCCUUAGGCAGUGUGGGGUAAAUUUUAAAAUGCCUUACUCAUCGUUGACCUAGCAGCUUUACUUUCAUUAUUAUAUUCAGAUAUUUGCUACCAGCUUUAUGACAAAAGAAACUUCAUAUACUUAAUGUUUCAAUGUGUUCUAUAGAAAGCUAUAUUCGACAUUAAUAAAUGUGUUGCAUUUCUACUCUGUUCCAGAUUGUAUACUCUCACAUGCUCUUUUCUGCUCACUAGCAUGUAAAUCAUUCCAAUCAGAGAUGCCUACACCGCCCUCCCCUCUCGCUCCUCAGGGCUGACACUGAGGUGUUCAUAAGCAUGUCCUGGGUCUGACCUGCUGCCCAUUCAAAUAUCCUCAAAAGCAUAACAGACACACCCUUCUCUUAAGGCUUUGAUCUUUCCAGGGAGGCUGUGGAGAACAUCAUCAGGUCACCCCAGUCUGCUACACAUUUGCCACUCUAUGACAUUGUGUUAUAACAAACAUUUCUAUGAUAUAAUAGAAAUACUUGCUACAAUACAGUACUGUCACACAGGGGGGGGCUGUAAAAGUCUGUGUGUGUUGUUCAUGUUCAUGCUCCAGAGGCAGGAAAUAAAAAACAAGUUCAGACCGUACGGUUAACAGAACCUGGCUUUAUUAAACCGUUUUUACAUACAUGUUCUCUGCAGUACCAUGCUACAGCAUCACCACAUUCAAAAAUACUCAACCAUGCCCUGACUACAGACAUAUUCUAGUAAAUGUUCCCCUAAAAGGUUAAAGAAAACAAUGCAAACUGUAUUUGAAAGUCAUUAGUUUACAGUAAGGAAAAAAAGAGCCACAAACGUCAGGUGUCCAGUAUUCAAGUGAAAAUGUGAAUUACAGCAAGAUCGGCAACAAAAAGGUGCAUGAU